AGCAAGCAGCCAUGGUUUCUUUGUAAUCUCCGCCCGGAUUCUGACUUUUGCACCUCAAAAGCUUUUAAAUUCACAACUCAAACACUUCGAAAUUCCACACACACAAACCACAAAAAAAAGUCACUAAUUCAUCAAUGGCGAAUCACGAUCAUUUCACUCACGACGUUUUUCUCAGUUUCAGAGGCGCAACUCGCUACUCCUUCACCGAUCAUCUCUAUCAUUCACUUCUCCGUCGCGGAAUAAAUGUUUUCAGAGACGACCAAAAACUCAAAAUCGGAGAUGAAAUCGGUCCUUCACUUCUACAAGCAAUUGAAGAUUCUAGAAUCUCAAUUGUUAUUUUGUGUAAAGACUAUGCUUCUUCCAGCUGGUGUCUUGAUGAACUGGUUAAGAUAGUUGACUGUUAUGAAAAUAAUGGAAAAUUGGUUAUUGUUAUAUUUUAUAAGGUUGAACCUUCUGAUGUUAGGCAUCAGAAAAAGAGUUAUAGAGAAGCUAUGAUGAAACAUGAGAAGAGAUUUGGAAAGAAAUCAGAGAAGGUGAAAGCAUGGAAGUUUGCUCUGAACAGAGUGUGUGCUCUUAGUGGACUACAUUGCACGGACGAUAUCUAUGAAUCUGAGUUUAUCGAUAAAAUUGUCAAAAAAAUCUCAGAUAAACUACCUCCCAUGCCUUUACAAAUCAAACACCUAGUUGGACUCGAUUCUCGUUUCGAACAGGUGAAAUCUUUUUUUGAUAUUGAAGCCGAUGAAGUACGCAUUUUGGGGAUAUAUGGAGCUGGUGGAAUAGGAAAAACAACAUUUGCCUUGGACAUAUAUAACAAGAUCAGACGUCAAUUUGAAGCUGCAAGUUUUCUUGCGAAUAUUAGAGAAAAAUCAAAUGAAAGAACUAGUGGCAUGGAAGAUCUCCAAAAAACACUUUUGUCUGAGAUGGGUGAGGAAACACAGACUAUGUUCGGAAGCACAUUUAGAGGAAGCUCUGAAAUAAAAGGCAGGCUUGCCCAAAAAAGAGUUCUUCUCAUACUCGAUGAUGUUGAUUCAGUAAAACAAUUGAAAUCAUUAGCUGGAGGACAUGAUUGGUUUGGUUCGGGGAGUAGAAUCAUUGUAACCACAAGAGAUAAAGAUGUUCUAAAAAAGCAUGAUGUUAAAAUUAAAACAUAUAAACUCGAAGAGCUAAAUCAUCAUGAAUCCAUGGAACUCUUUUGUUGGCAUGCCUUUAAUAUGAGCAGACCGGUAGAUAAUUUUGCAAAUAUAUCUUCUCAUGCAAUAAGUUAUGCAAAGGGUAUUCCAUUGGCUUUAAGAGUAAUAGGAUCCAAUUUGAAAGGUAAGAGCAUCGAGGAAUGGGAUAUUGAAAUUCAAAGAUAUAGAAUGGUUCCAGAUGCUGAGAUUCAAGGUGUACUUGAAAUAAGCUACAAAUGUCUAUCUGACUUGCAACAGAAAGUUUUUCUAGACAUUGCUUGUUUUUUCAAAGGGGAAAGAUGGGAUUAUGUUAAAAGGAUACUAGAUGCUUGUGAUUUCUACCCAGAUAUACGAGUAUUUGUUAGUAAAUGUCUCAUAACUAUUGAUGAAAAUGGUUGUUUAGAAAUGCAUGAUCUAAUACAAGACAUGGGUAGAGAGAUUGUUCGAAAGGAAUCAGCAUCAAACCCUGGUGAACGUAGCAGAUUAUGGUCUCAUAAAGAUGUUCUUAACGUACUGAAAGGAAACUUGGGAAGUACUACAAUUGAAGGAAUAAUACUUCAUCCCCCAAAACGUGAGAAAGUAGAUCAAUGGGCUUGUAAUGCCUUUGAGAAGAUGAAAAACCUCAGAAUUUUGAUUGUUAGGAAUACAUUGUUUUCAUCAGGACCUAGUUAUUUGCCAAAUAGUUUACGGCUAAUUGAUUGGAAGUGGUACCCAUCAAAGAAUUUUCCGCCAAAUUUUUAUCCAUACAAAAUUGUUGACUUCAAGUUACCUCAUAGCUCGAUGAUAUUGAAAAAUCCUUUUCAGAUUUUCGAGGAUUUAACAUUCAUUAAUCUCUCCCAUAAUAAAUCGAUAACUCAAAUUCCUGAUCUGUCUGGAGCUAAAAGCUUAAGAGUGUUUACGGUCGAUAAAUGCCAUAAACUAGUAAAGUUUAAUAUCUCUGUUGGAUUUAUGCCUAAUUUGGUGUAUUUAAGUGCUUCAGGGUGCACUGAGCUCGAAAGUUUUGUGCCAAAAAUGUAUUUGCCCUCCCUUCAAGUGCUUUCAUUUAAUUUCUGCAAAAAAUUUGAACACUUCCCACAAGUGAUGCAAAAGAUGGAAAAACCAUUAAAGAUUAACAUGAUAAGCACUGCCAUUAAAGAGUUUCGAAAGUCUGUUGGUAACCUUACAGGCCUUGAGUAUAUAGACAUGUCAAUUUGUAAAGGGCUUAAAGAGAUAUCAAGUAGCUUCUUAUUGCUUCCUAAACUGCACACUUUAAAAAUUGAUGGAUGCACUCAACUUGGAGAAUCAUUUCAAAGGUUCAAAGAGCGCCAUUCAGUGGCCAACGGGUAUCCAAAUUUAGAAACACUUCAUUUUAGCGAGGCUAAUCUAUCAUAUGAAGAUGUUAAUGCCAUUAUUGAAUGUUUUCCAAAUCUGGAAGACUUGAAAGUUUCGCACAAUGGUUUUGUAGCCCUCCCAAAUUGCAUUGGGAGUUCUAUGCACUUGAAAAGUCUUGAUGUGAGCUUUUGCAUGGAUCUUACAGAAAUUCCAGAACUUCCAUUAAGCAUUCACAAAAUAGAUGCAAGGCACUGUCAAUCCUUAACCUCGGAGGCAUCAAGUUUGCUCUGGACCAAGGUUUCACAAGAGAUCCAACGAGUACAAGUUGUUAUGCCGACGCUGAAAAGGGAAAUUCCAGAAUGGUUUUACCGCAGCACUCAUGAGAUUCCACUUUUAUGGGCUCGUCGGAAAUUUCCCAUUAUUGCUAUAGCGUUAGUGUUCGGGGAAGUAAAAAGGGCUGACGUUAUUUCUGAAUUUGUUGAUGCUAUAAAGUUGUUUAGUGGAGCCAAUGACUGGAGCACUGUUAGUCUCCAUUUGUUUAUUGAUGGCCAAGAGAUUUGUAGCAAGGAUUGCCAUUAUUUCAACGUUGGGGAAGAUCAUGUGCUAAUUUGUGAUCUACGAGUUUUGUUCAAUGAUGAAGAGUGGAAGAACCUUGAUGCAAGUCUUGGAAAUGAAUGGAAGGCCGUUCAGGUUCAAUAUGAUUCAGACUUGAUUCUCACUAAUUGGGGAGUUUAUGUGUACAAGCAAGAAAAAAGCACGGAUGAUAUUCAAUUCAUACCUCCUAAUCACAAUUUCUUUUCCUACAUUCCAUCAUCUCAUUUGGUUCCAAAGAGAUAUCCAGACAUGCAAAUCAAACAUUUCCUCGAAAGUUUCAAUCCAAGAGACAUGUUUAAUGAACUUAUGCCUCAAAUAGAAUCAGAAGAAGGUUCAUUCUGGUCCUUAAAAGUGCUUUUGCGGUCUUUGAGGAAUGCCAAGGAUGAAGUUAUAGAAAUGACUUCUUCCUCUGUGUAUGGCGAGAGUGUAAAGCAAGACCAUGAAGAUUCUGUAGAGGAUGUUAUUCAAGUAUUAGAGAUGCUAAAAGAGAGUUAUUCAGAACAUUUUGCUGAUUCAUCUCCUGAUGAUCUUCAAAUUGCAUGCGGAGUUGUAGAAAGAAUGCUGAGGGCACGGGUAGAGUUAUUCGAAGAAAAUUGCAUGGACAUUGGUAUGCCUAUUAUUCUAGAGUAUACUGAUACAUUGGGAGCUACUAACCGACGCUUUUGGGGAACCAUGGAGGUAAAAUUGGGAGAUCCAUUUUACAAACCAGUGAUGAAGAGGCUAAUCCAACUUUCCUUGGACCGUUCGAUGGUUGACUUGAGGGAAACCUUUCUUGAAUUGAAAUGCCAACCUGCAGGUGAAGAGGAAGCUUCAAGCUCUCUCAUAGAAGAAUCCUUGGAAGGAAACUACAAUCCUGAAUUGGAAGAGUUAAUGAGAAUGAUAGAGCAAAAUGCUAUGAGCUUUAAUAAAUCUUAUGGGAAAAUGAAGGCAUCUAUUAUUCAAACUGAUGAUCCCUUUUCUGAAAAUUAUCAAUUGGAAUCAUUAAUCUUAGGAAGAUUUAUGAUGUUAGGAAAAUUGACAAUGUUUGGAUCAGUGACCAAGUUCAAGAUCACACCUUACGGAAAGAUGAGAACUGAGGAUGGACCUUUCCGCUUUCUGAGGAUAUGUUUAUGGGGUUUGAUUUUGGUUCUUAUUAGCCUAGUUAUUCUGUCAUUUUAUUUCGUUGUAGGUGUGUGCCUUAAUUUUUAUAGGAUACCAAUAAUAAGGAAGUUACUAGUGUGUGGUUGGUGGCUUGUAAACACAAUAUUCCUGUCUUGUAAAAAAUUAUACAGGGGACUUGGCAAGAUUAUUAACAGAGUAAAAGACAAGGAAUUUUAGUGUAAAACAUCUGUCUUGAAUUGCAACUUAUUAACAAUCCAUUGAACACAAGUAACCACACACUUUUGAACGUCA